AUGAAGUGGAGUGUCCGGGGAGCCUGCGCCGCGCUCUCCAGCUGCCUCCUGCUCGCCUGCGCGCUGAGCGCCGCCGCCGUGGGCCUCAAGUGCUUCUCGCUCGGCUCCGAACUCAAGGGGGAGCCCUUCCGCCUUGGCACCGCCGCCGGCGCCUUCUACUCGGGGCUGCUGCUGGCCGCCGGCCUCUCGCUGCUGGGCUCCGCGCUCUUCUGCUGCCGCCAGCCGGACGACGCGGCGGCCGGCGAGAGCGCCGCCGGGGCGCACCGCCACGGGCGCACGGGCAGCCAGGUGGCGGCGGUGCCGGUCACCGGGGACUCGCAGCCCGCGCCCCAGGCGGCCCCCAAGGCGCCCCCGGGCGGGAGGCAGAACUUCCUCCUGCUGGGAGUGCUGGUCUUCAUGCUGGGGGUGCUGAGCGCCUUCGCCGGGGCCGUCAUCGACGGCGACACGGUGUCGCUCGUGGAGAAGAAGUACUCGCACUACUGCCUCCUGCAGGCCGGAGGCGGGGCGGGGGCGCCCGCGCGGGCGCGGCCGGCGGGGGGCCCCGACGGCUCCGCCGCGGCGUUGCGCUGCCAGAAGCUGCGGGACUAUCAGCGCGGCUUGGUCAUCUCCACCAUCUUCAACGCGCUCGAGUGCCUGCUGGGGCUGCUCAACCUGCUGCUGGUCAAGAACUACAAGGCCGCCCAGCAGCGAGGGCUGCGCCGACGGCGCCGCCGCAGGCACGAACAGAAUUUCUCGGGGGGCCGCCGGCGGAGGCGCAGGGGCCCCGGCGCCGCUGGGGGCGGCGGAGGCGGUGGCUCGGGCGGGGGGCGGCGGCCGCAGCGCCAAAGUCAAGGCUCCAUCUUCUCCAGCGAGGACCCGGACCUGUCCCCGGGAGGCGACUGCACCUUCCAGGCCGUCUCCUACAUCAACGUCGGCGUCUUCCACGUCUUCGACGAGGCCGGCGUGGAGGUGCACUGCGGGGGCCACCCUUCCAUCGAGCUGCCCGGCUACUCUCCCAUGGACCCCGACCUCAACGUCUCCUACCCGUAUUGCUACCCGCUGCCCAACGAGCAGCCUCCUGCCUACGAGGACAUCUAUCCCCGGGAACCCUGUGCCAACCGCAUCUAG